GCUGAGCGGCCCUCCUAACCUUUGCGCGGCUGGACGGCGUUUGACGUAGGAGCUGGGAGGGGGUGGAGCGGCUGGUAAACAGCAAAUGCGGGAAGCGCUGCGCGGGAGUCAGCCAUGGACUGGAAAGAAGUUCUUCGCCGGCGGUUAGCGGCGCCGGACGCCGGUCCACAGAAAAAAAAAAGUGAACAAGAAUUAAAAGAGGAAGAAAUGGAUUUAUUUACCAAAUACUACUCAGAAUGGAAAGGAGGUAGAAAAAACACAAAUGAAUUCUAUAAGACCAUUCCCCGGUUUUAUUACAGGCUGCCAGCUGAAGAUGAAGUCUUACUACAGAAAUUAAGAGAGGAAUCCAGAGCCGUCUUUCUGCAAAGGAAAAGCAGAGAACUGUUAGAUAAUGAAGAGUUACAGAAUUUAUGGUUUUUGCUGGACAAGCAUCAGACACCACCUAUGAUUGGAGAGGAAGCAAUGAUUAAUUAUGAAAAUUUUUUGAAGGUUGGUGAAAAAGCUGGACCAAAGUGCAAGCAGUUUUUCACAGCAAAAGUCUUUGCUAAACUCCUUCAUACAGAUUCUUAUGGAAGAAUUUCCAUCAUGCAGUUCUUUAACUACGUCAUGAGAAAAGUUUGGCUUCAUCAAACAAGAAUAGGACUCAGUCUAUAUGAUGUUGCUGGACAAGGAUACCUUCGGGAAUCUGAUUUAGAAAACUACAUACUGGAACUUAUCCCGACUUUGCCACAAUUAGAUGGGCUGGAAAAAUCUUUUUACUCUUUUUAUGUUUGUACAGCAGUUAGGAAAUUCUUCUUCUUUUUAGACCCUCUAAGAACAGGGAAGAUAAAAAUUCAAGAUAUUUUAGCAUGCAGCUUCCUAGAUGAUUUAUUGGAGUUAAGGGAUGAGGAACUGUCCAAGGAGAGUCAAGAAACAAAUUGGUUUUCUGCUCCUUCUGCCCUAAGGGUUUAUGGCCAGUAUUUGAAUCUCGAUAAGGAUCACAAUGGCAUGCUCAGUAAAGAAGAACUCUCCCGCUAUGGAACAGCCACCAUGACCAAUGUCUUCUUAGACCGUGUUUUCCAGGAGUGUCUCACUUAUGAUGGAGAAAUGGACUAUAAGACCUACCUGGACUUUGUCCUUGCGUUAGAAAACCGAAAAGAGCCUGCAGCUCUGCAGUAUAUCUUCAAAUUGCUUGAUAUUGAGAACAAAGGCUAUCUGAAUGUCUUUUCCCUUAAUUAUUUCUUUAGGGCCAUACAGGAACUAAUGAAAAUCCAUGGACAAGAUCCUGUCUCAUUUCAAGACGUCAAGGAUGAAAUCUUUGACAUGGUAAAACCAAAGGAUCCUUUGAAAAUCUCUCUUCAGGAUUUAAUCAACAGUAAUCAAGGAGACACAGUCACCACCAUUCUAAUUGAUCUGAAUGGCUUCUGGACUUAUGAGAACAGAGAAGCCCUUGUUGCAAAUGACAAUGAAAACUCUACAGACCUCGAUGAGACAUGACCUCUCAAAGACUAGACUGUAUUCAUUAAGAUAAACUUGAAUGCUGCAUGUAAAACCUUUUGAAGCAGAAUCCCUAGAAAUGGUCUAAAUAAAACAGUUCAUAUGCCUACUGAA